GAGAGGGGGGAGAGAGAGAGAGAGCGAGAGAAAGAGAGAGAGAGAGAGAGAGAGAGGGAGAGAGAGAGAGGCGCCUUCAGAGUGAUGGGAGCCGGCCGAGCCAGCAGGAGCGAGUGAUCAGUCUCCGAGCUGCUAAUGACAGCAGGCAGACAGACGUGAAGAUGGCGUCUUGCUCAGAGAUCUGUGGGUCUGAGUAUGGCGAGCAAGCCCAAGUCAGCGGGAACUACCAGCAGUAUGGCGUCCGCUCCUACCUACACCAGUUUUACGAGGAGUGCACAGCCUCCAUCUGGGAACGUGAUGAAGAUUUUCAGAUUCAGAGAUCACCUAGCAGGUGGAGCUCUUUACUCUGGAAGGUCUGUCUCGCGUUUGGCACUGUGAUCCUGUUCGCUGGCCUGGUUGUCAUCGUGGUGGGCUAUGCUACUCCGGCUAGGAUUGAAGCAUUUGGGGAAGACGAUCUCCUUUUUGUGGACAGCCAGGCCGUCAGUUUCAACCGUGCUCUGGAUGUUUGCAAACUGACGGGGGCCGUACUCUUCUGUGUGGGGGGCACGUCGAUGGCUGUCGGGUUCCUGUUGUCUGCGUUUGCCAAAAGCUACUCCAAAGAGGAAUUAUAUCUGCAACAAAAGUUUAAGGAAAGGCUGGCUGAUCUGCAGUCAACAGUUGGCACGCCCAUAAUGAGAGCACCAACUCCCGGGGAAGGAAAGGUGCCAGUCACACUCUCCAAAGUCCAGAACAUCCAGCCCGUCAGCCCCAAACCAGAGACCCGACAGCAGUCUGGCUGAAGGGGGGUACAAAUACUGGGUGUAUGUUGAGUACCGUGAUGGGGUACCAACUGGGGGUGAGUGUACAGUGGAUCCCCGGACAUUCGACAUUCAGCAUUCACGGCCUUGCACAUUUCGGGCUUUUUGGUCCAAAAACUUUUUUUUAAUUUGAUUUUCUUCAGAAAAUAGGUUGUUUAAAAAAAACCUAAUGUGUAACGUGAUAAUACCGGUAAGAUGUACAGCAUACAUGUACCACCGUUCAAAGCCCCCACUUUUUACAUGUUUAUGUCUUUAUACUUCACUGCUGUCGUUUUUUGCCAAGCGUUGAGAUAUCCCACUUUGUCCGGCGGCCCUUGAACGCUUCUUAGUUGUUGUGAGGUACAAAGGUGAAACUUCACCGUGACUCCAGUUCCAUCUGGUCGUCAGUCGUCUUAUAUUGUCAUUCAUGAGUGGGGAGCACCUAAACAUGGUAGAUGUGUGGUUCAUGAACGCAGCUUCCUGGGAUCCGUUCCACCAUAAAACGUAAAAGGGCCACGUGGGGAUCUACUGUACUUGGCAUGUCAGAAAUGAAAGGUGUCUUCACCUAAACGGUCACCUUGCAUGACUGAUGCUCACCUUCCUCCAUUUGUUUGACACAAUUCAAUAUCAGGAUGACAAAGUUUAGCGUAGACGUAAAAUGAAACAUCCAUGUGUGCCAGACGGCUUUAGCAUCACAGAGCGGUUGUAAGCGCUAGCCACCAACCCACACAGGAAAGAAGACGACAAACAAAGCAAGCCGAGAAUAAAUCAAUAGAACGCAGCUACUGAACAAGCUAACAUCUUUUUAAAAUGGCGCCACAUUGUGUUUGAGGGGAACAGCCGCCAUUAUUGAUGAUUAACGUCCAUUUGAGGACCAGAAAGAGUCACAGCUGAGUAGAAGGCUAUUCAGGCUUUCCACUCAAAGUCACCAGCAUUAUACACUAUACUGUAUACUGUAUGUACAGUAUAUACUCUAUACUGUACAUAUGUAUAGCAACAAGGAAUUGUUGGAAAAGUUAGUCAGUAUGGUCUGAACUUCCAAUUGUCACAUCUUCCACCUAGUCUUCUUCGGUACCUCUGGCUGGAUUUGUAAGACCAAUUAACGUAAGGAAAGGUCUUGGGUAUUGGAUGAUGAUUUGUGUCGCAUCUUCUGCUGCCUUCGAUGUUUGCAGACACAUGGGCACACAGGUUGUUGGUCAAAACAUGAAUGUUUGUCAUAGUUCCCAAAUAAAAGCUUUAGUCAUGGAGCACUAGAAAACCGUAGUGCUAUUACAAAUUUCCCCACUGAGGGACGAAUAAAGGCAUAUCUUAAUUGUAGGCCAGAAAAAUACAGUAACAGUACGGGACAAUGAUUAUUCUGUAUAACCAUAACAGUUAAUAAUAAUGCUAUUUUAUUGUGGGUUUGUCUUAAUGAAAACCUUUUGGGGAAUUUUGUGAGACAAUAUUGACAAUCCUUACGUGAGACAUGAACACACGUUUCUCUUUUCUGCACCUUGUAAAUCGUGAAAACUGCUAGCACGAGGCAGCUAAUAAUGCAGUGUCAUGGAUUCACCUACUUCACCCAUAAACCCCCCCAGCAUGUUUGUGACCAUGUAGAAACAAGAAUUUUGGUCAUUUUAAGCAUUACUGGCGUUCCCUUCUUAGGCUCUUUGGUUCCACAGAGUCCAUCAUAACGACCGCUACGUCCGUCAAAAACAGGGGCAUAGAGAACGUUUGCUUCCACUAAUCAUGGCAGACUCCUUUACACCCCCCAGGCAGAGUUAAUGUUGCUGGGUGCGAGGCAGAUCCAGCUUGAGUGAAACAUGAAGUCAUUCUCAUAAGUUAGCAUGUAGCACAAGAUAAAACCAUAAUGAAACAGUCACUUAAACGUCCGCUCUGGCUGGAUGCCGACUGAUGGUCUGAGAGCUAACGAGCAUCUAGCUAAGUGACGUGUGACGUACUAAUUUAUCCAAACUCACAGGCGAUGCAGAAGAUCCAGUAGCUGACGUUACCUGUCGGUCGUGGCCCGAGGCAUGGUGUCACUACACCAGAAAAGUAGUUCUUCUGCGGUCGCUCCUACAAUGACAUUGUCGCUGUAGUUCGGUUAAUAUGCAGCUCACGUUUUGGCAAUUAUUUUUAGAAGGUUUUAUCGGUGCAAUACGGGCUUCUCAUUACGUGUUUCUUUCUUUGGAUUGCACAAAACGUGAAAGACGUAUUUUCAUGUCUCACAUGAUGGACAAAAUUCCAUAAAGGUGCAGCCAAUCAGCAACCAGAACGCACUCAUUGAUCAUCUCAUACACCAAGUCAAGAGUUCAAACCUCCAACCUCCGUGACGCAUAUGCAACAUUUUACUAUGAAUGCCAAUCAGCUUCCUUUACACUUGUGUGAUCAAUAAAGUUUUGGGUGACACAUGGGGACAUUUUUAUUUCUAUAUAUGUCAUUUCCUGUUUAACUUCAAGCACAUCAUAGAUUGACCAAUGUCUGUUCACGGAUUGCGUUUGACUUCGGAAGUUCGGAAGGUGCCAGAAGAGGAAGAUACCCAGCAUGCUUAGUGGGAGUGGUUGGGAGCAACUAUUUUAAGAACAGUUUGAGCAAUACUGCUUUAGAAUCACAACACGGUAUAGUUCCUUUCCAAAUGCCGUUUAGUUGUCUUUACGUGAUUUUCUUGCAUCACUGCUGGAGGUCCCUUAAGCAAACCCACAUUAGGAAUGAGAACCUUCAUGUAAGUUCAACUUUUAUGAAGAUUUGCGAUGCCACAACCCCCCCCCCCCCCCCCCUUCACUCGCCAAGUUCAAUAUGGUUUGUUUUCACACCGACACAAGGCUAUGCUCGUAGACACUAACUAACUAACUAACGAUCAAUAUCGUAAAUGUUACCCAAACAUGCGGAAGAUGUUCCAGACCAAACACCAAGAUGUUCAAAGGCUUGUUCCCCUGCACCCCCAUUGCACCCCCAUUGUAGUCAGGGAGCUGGCGAGUGAUCAAUAUAUGUGCUCACUAGUAGUUCCAUGCUGUGAAUUGUGUAUUCAUUGUAUUCAUCCUUUCAUCCACCAAAGGCUGGAUUCCAUAUUGAGUAUAUUUUUGCUGUAACUACCAAAAAAGAUGUUAUUCCAGGUUGAAUCUUGUAUUUUAAUUAGACUCAUUAGACUUUGAGUGUGCCUCCCCAUGUACGUUAAGUGUGCAUUCCCCAAUAGGAAAGUGCAAAGCAUAAAUAAGAAGAGUAUAUAAAUAUCCAUCAUGCACUAUGUCUAUUUUCAAGGAUAAUAAAAGUGAAAUAUUUGCA